AUGGGAAAAGGUGACCUCCAAACAAACAGCCAACAACUACUCCCAUCAGUGCUCAAAACCAGAGCACAAUGCAACCCUGAUGGAGCUUGGGCUCAAUUUCCUGUUUCGGACACGACAUACGCGCUAGGGCUUGAGACUGCGACCAAUUUGCAGGUCUUCAAUGCCGUGAAUAAGGUAGCCUGGCUUCUGGAUGGCAAACUACAGCCAAGUUCCAGUUUUGAGACAAUAGCAUAUAUCGGUCCGUUUGAUUUGAGGUAUUUUAUUGUGGUGCUUGCGGCAAUAAAGGUGGGAUACAAAACGUUUUUGCCAUCACCUCGGAACAGCAAAGUUGCUCAGUUGCAUCUACUGGAAAAACUCCAAUGCAAGAAACUGGUUACUACAGAUCCCCAACUCCCAGCCGUGAAUACGAUCCUUGAAGGGCCAACUAGUAUAGAAACGACAGUCCAUAUUCCUUCGCUCCGCGACCUCCUUGAUUCUAGCGACGGCACACCGGAGGACUACCCGUAUGAAAAGUCAUACGAAGAAGCCAAGGAUGAACCUAUCUUCAUCCUACAUACUUCUGGUUCAACAGGAAUUCCGAAACCAUUGAUAUACACGCAUCAAUUCGUUACUCGAACCGUCAAUGUGACAGCUCUACCAGCUCCAUCAACAGGGGAUUUCAUCAGUGGAAAUGAUACUCUUCGCACAGGACACUGGUUUACCUUCCUGGCACCCUUCCAUAUCUCGGGAAUUGGAUUUGGGCUUAUGGUCUCCGCGUUCAAUGACUGUGUGCCUGUGUUCCCAUUGCCUGGCCAGCCCCUGACGACGGAUCAGUUCCUCGACGCAGUCAGACAUUGCGAUAUGGAUUGGGCGUUUGUGUUGCCUUUCAUUCUAGAGGACUUGAGCAAAGAGCUUGCUGCAUUGGAGCUGGUGUCUCAGAAAUUGAGUCAUCUGUACUUUGCCGGUGGUAGCGUACCCCGACAAGCCGGUGAUACUGUUGCUUCCAAAAUGCCAGUGUACCAAACAACGGGCUCAAGUGAGGUAAGCUUGCUGAGUCAAAUUCACUCGCCUGACAGAGACCUCAAAAGAAAGAAUUGGUCGUAUAUUCAGCUUCAUCCAACGCUAAACGUCGAAUACCGUCACCAUUAUGGUGAUUUGUAUGAGAUGGUUAUUGUUCGAAGUCCCUCGAACGAAGAGUUCCAGCCUGUAUUUCUUCACUUCCCGGAAUUGAAAGAAUACGAAACGAGGGAUUUGCUGAGUCCACAUCCAGAUAUGCCCGGACUAUGGAGAUAUCGUGGUCGUAAGGAUGAUAUUAUUGUAUUCUUGAACGGAGAGAAAACCAAUCCAAUAUCCUUUGAGCAGGAGGUAUCUCGUCACCCAGAGAUUCGCUCAGUAUUGGUUGCUGGGUCUCAACGCUUUGAAGCAUGCUUACUAGUCGAGCGUCAUAACACCGAAAUUCUGGCUGGGGACGAGCAUAAUCAGUUUAUUGAGCGCAUUUGGCCUCUUGUUCAGAUGGCCAAUAAUCAAUGUCCUGCACAUGCUCGUGUUUCAAGAGACAACAUCUUACUCGUCAAUCCGUCGAAGCCGAUGGCUCGUGCAGCAAAAGGCACCGUACAACGAGCAGCAACCUUGGCCAUGUAUGAAAAAGAAAUCAACACGUUGUAUGCGGCGAAUGCAAGUAAUAGGCUGUUGGGCAGUAAAUUGGCCUCGAUCGACCCGAAAAAUCCGGAAACACUUUUGAAAACUCUGCACGAUCUUGUAGCAGAGGUGACUCAGUGGGAUAGCAGCAGUUUUGACAACGAAUCAGAUUUUUUCACCUUGGCAAUGGAUUCCCUUCAGGCCUUGCAUCUCAGUCGGGAACUCAAUGUUGCACCUAGCAUGAUAUACGGGAGUCCCUCCGUCGAACAGCUUAUGAAGAGUGUUCUCUCUCAGUCUGACUCCAACAGCGAUUUGGCAACAAAACGUAUAAAAACCAUCACGGAUCUACUGCAUAAGUACGAGGCAGAGAUAGACAAGAUAGCUGCCGUGAAGUCUGAAUAUAGUAAACAAGAGCCUUCUGCAAAAGAAGACAAUAAGCUAGACCAACGAGCAGUAGUUGCUCUUACAGGCUCAACUGGUGCGGUAGGAUCGUACAUCCUGCAGAAACUUCUACAGAACGACCAUAUCGCGCACGUAUACUGCUUCAAUCGUGCUGCUGAUUCUGAGACACUUCAAAAAACCCGAAAUGCGAAAAGGGGCAUUCAGACUGAACUACCCCCAGAUCGUGUCACUUUUUUGACCACAGAUCUGUCGCAACCCAAUUUCGGACUAAAUGAAGAGUUAUAUCAACAACUGCAGUCGAACGUGACACAUUUCAUUCACAACGCCUGGCCUGUUAAUUUCAAUCAGGCUCUUCAGUCAUUCCAGUCAAGUUUAAGUGGUGUCUUAGGGAUCAUCUCAUUCACAGCACAUGCAAAGCGGCAGCCAGUGUCGACUCUAUUCCUCUCGUCCAUCAGUGCUGUAUCAAGUUAUCACAAAAUCCCCGAUGCUGUCCACAACGACCUAGUUCCGGAAGAGAUCAUCAUCAAUCCCAUGUGUUCAGCGCCCAUGGGUUACGCCGAAAGCAAAUACGUGGCAGAAAGAAUGCUGAAUUAUGCGGCCCAAAAACUCGACCACAAGAACAUCGGUAUUGCUCGAGUUGGUCAAAUCGCAGGCACAGUGACAAAAGAACAGGGUUCUCCGCAUGGGUGGAAUCGCCAUGAAUGGCUCCCUAGUCUGGUUAUUAGUUCUCGCUAUCUCAAGGCAAUUCCUGAAACUCUGGGCUCUUCUAUUUCCUCUAUGACCGAAGGGAACGAAGAUACAGCCGGUGUGUUAGAUAGAAUUGACUGGGUCCCGAUCGAUCAGCUUGCAUCGUUACUUGUUGAGAUUCUGUUUGGCCUUUCUUCGACUGAAACUGUUGAAGGAUCUGGUGCCAGGGUUUUCCAUCCAAUAAAUCCAAAUUGGGUCAAGUGGCAAAGUCUUCUUCCGACACUUAUUGACAUCUUGGAUGCAUUACCAUCUUCUGCAGAUGAAAAGGACACACGGAUCAAGGCAGUCAAAUACGACGAAUGGUUGAAUCUUCUCAAGUCCACUACUACCAUAGGGAAGAGUACUCCGAAGGAACUGGUUACUGCAGAUGUGCUCUGGGAAAAUCCUGCGGUAAAACUCUUAGAGUUUUAUACAAGUCUGUCGGGUGCUGAUAAUAAUAAACCACCAAAACCGCUCGCCACAAAGCAGACGUCCGAAAGUUAUCCUUCAUUGCUGGGAUUGGAAGCGAUUAAAUCCGAGUGGCUUUACGGAUGGAUUCGGGAUUGGGUCUUGGAUUCAAGCGUUUAAUAUAUCAGGUACUCAGGUAGUUAGUAUGAGUUCCCAAAGUUUUGUGCGGGUUUGCUUAUGGUUAGAUCUUCAUGCUCUUCGUUGUCAGUGAGUGGUGAGGAGAAGACAGAGAGUUACUCAAGGGGGAUGAUUACCUGGAUAUCUUAUCUUAUCAGCCUCAUCUUAUCUCGCUGCCUUGGUGCCUUGUCCCUUGGCAGAAAAAAAAGCCCUAAUCAACCCUAAGUCAAGUCCUACAUGAAGCAAAUUUCCUCGACUGUCGUCUACUGUUGGUUUUACUGUAUUCAAGACUCUCAAUUAUA